AAUGCGCUGGUUUUGUGAGUUUUGAUUGUCUGAAAUUUGUAGACCUCGCGAAAAAUAGGACCCGGAAUAGAGAGAGAAAGUGUCUGACGUCGCAGUCGUUUUGUAUUCAGUUUUAAUUGUACCGUUAUGUGAGUUGGAUAAUACGUUUUCCGAUAUUUAACGUGAGUCGCUGUUGAUCUGAUAUUGUGUGGCCAUGCGGCAUAAUAAAUCGGCUCACAGGCGAAAGCCGUCGACCCCCAGGCGCAGAUCUCCACCAGAGCCGCGGCCAACCCCGCCGCCCUCCAGAGCCCGGCGCACCAGCGGACCCUCCGAAGCGUCCCCACGCAAGAAACACAGGUUUCGCCCUGGCACUCGAGCUCUGAUGGAGAUACGUAGAUAUCAGAAGUCUACUGGUCUGUUGCUGCGCAAGGCCCCGUUUUCACGGCUGGUUCGAGAGGUGUGUCAGACAUUUAGUCGAGAACAGAUGAUGUGGCAGGGAUAUGCUCUAAUGGCUUUACAGGAGGCUGCAGAAGCAUUUAUGGUCCGUCUGUUUUCUGAUGCCAACCUUUGUGCCAUUCAUGCCAAGAGGGUGACAUUGUUUCCAAGAGACAUACAACUUGCCCGGCGAAUCAGAGGUGUUGAAAACAUGUGAAGUUGUAUAUUCUCUCUUUUUCUGUUUGUUUCUUCUUCUUUUUUAAAGAUCUAUACAGUAGUGAUGUCCGCUUUUGAAACACUGCUUGAUGAAGCUUCGAAACCUUUGUGAAACCAUUUGUUUUGAAUCAGUGUAUCAAAAUGCGUUUUAAAAAUUCAAUAUUUGCCUUCGGGGGGUGA